UCUUGCAUCAUCUCAAUCUCCUCUAUAUGCCAUCCUAUGUUUUCUCCAUUGAAGAAGGUACACUACUAGUACUAUUACUGCAACAAAUUUCAUCCACCAUUGCCGAACCUUCCUAAUUCCCUCUCUCUUUCUCUACACGUCUCUCUGAUUUUUAUUUUCUUUCAACUAUGCCUUCAAGAUUGACAGACGCCUUCAGAGCCCACCCUGUCCAUGUCCAUCACAAGCUUCCGGACUUUACCUCUCUUCAAGAACUACCUGACUCGUACAAGUGGACUCAACUCGAUGAGGAAACUCACUCUUACUCCGGUGACUCAUUCAUGAAGGAAUCCAUUCCGGUGAUCGAUCUGUUAGACUCCAAUGCCCUUAAAAAUAUAGGUUAUGCGUGCAAAACGUGGGGUGUGUUUCAAGUGAUUAACCAUGGCGUCUCAACUUGUCUACUUGACAACAUAGAAAAAGUCAGUAGAGAUCUUUUCUCUUUACCUAUGCAACAAAAACUCAAGGCUGCUAGAUCACCCGACGGCGUUUCUGGUUAUGGAAUUGCAAGAAUUUCUUCUUUCUUUUCAAAGCUUAUGUGGUCUGAAGGUUUCACCAUUGUUGGAUCUCCACUAGACCAUUUUCGCCAACUUUGGCCUCAAGAUUAUACUAAAUUCUGUGGAACAAUUGAAGUAUAUCAGGUAGAAAUGCAAAAACUUGCUGCCAAAUUGAUGUGGUUAGUGUUGGGCUCAUUAGAUAUAACCAAAGAAGACAUCACAUGGGCUGGCCCAAAAGCUGAUUUCAGAGAGGCUUCUGCUGCUUUACAACUCAAUUACUACCCGGCUUGUCCGGAUCCCGAUCAGGCUAUGGGUCUUGCUGCCCAUACAGACUCCACUCUACUCACCAUUCUCUACCAAAAUAAUACCAGUGGGUUGCAAGUACUGAGAGAAGGAACUGGGUGGGUCACCGUGCCGCCUAUUUCUGGCGGGCUUGUUGUCAAUGUAGGAGAUCUUCUUCACAUACUAUCAAACGGAUUGUACCCGAGUGUGCUCCACCGGGCGGUGGUUAACAGGACCAAACAUCGGUUAUCCAUGGCUUAUCUUUAUGGGCCCCCAUCAAGUAUCCAAAUAUCACCGUUGUCAAAACUAGUAGGCCCAAGUCAACCACCUUUGUACCGGCCAAUCACUUGGAAUGAGUACCUUGGCACUAAAGCUAAGCAUUUCAACAAAGCACUAUCAUGGGUUAGGGUAUGCGCUCCUCUAAAUGGAAUAGUGGAUGUAAAUGACCAUAAAAAUAGUGUAAAAAGUAGGCUAAUUAGCUAGCUAAAGCCUAGAGAGAAGGAAAAUCUCUCCUUUUUUUUUUUUUUUU